GUCAUGUCUGCAUCUCAUCUCACGGGCCUCACGGCUUUUGUGAAUUCGAUUCGCUUAUUGUUUACUAUAUUAUUCUAAUUUAUAAAUAAUAAUUUAUUAAAGCUGCAUAAAAAUCAUUGAACUGUUGCUUUAAAGCCGCAAAUCUCAUAGAAUAUCCGUUGGACUGCAAGAAAACAAUGGAUGAAAAGUCGGAACAUGAUGAAACUUCCGCAGAAACCGAGUUUAAAAAGCCUGUGCUGGUCGGUCGCAUUGGGAAAUUGCCUAAAAAGGUUAAGACUGAACCUGAGAAGGUUCCCCCAUCCGAACAGAAGUCUGAACCGCCGAGCAAGCCUGAAUCUAGCGCGAAAAGUAACCUCCCGCCGGCGGUUUUAUUGAAAGAGAUUUCCACUCCUAUACCGUAUAAAGAGCCUAAGUGGUCUGGCCUUUGCCCUGAUGGUUCCGACUAUGCCCUGGAGGUCAUAAAGUCUGGUAUGAUAGUGGAUAAAGUGCCACUCACGCAGCAACCAUACUAUGUGUUUGGACGCCUCGCCAACUGUGAUGUUGUCAUGGCACAUCCUACUAUAUCCAGACAUCACGCAGUCCUCCAAUACAAAGCUUUUGCUGAAGGUGACGAGCCACCUUCCGGCUGGUACCUCUAUGACCUCGGCAGCACCCAUGGGACACAUCUCAACCGGGACAGACUGAAACCAAACCAUUAUAACAGAGUCCGUGUGGGGCACCAGAUCAAGUUCGGCAGCAGUACAAGGACGUAUAUAGUUUUGGGCCCAGACUUCGAUUGCGAAGGCGAAUCCGAACUCACCGUGACAGAGAUAAAACAACGCGCGCAAACCAUGAAGCAAGAAAGAGAGAGGAUGAUACAGGAGGCCGCGGAACAGAGAGAGAAGGAUAGAGAGGCGGAGGAGAGGCGAAAGGAGGAACAGGGGAUAGAUUGGGGGAUGGGUGAAGACGCAGACGAAGAACCAGAUCUCUCCGAGAACCCUUACGCGGUCACCAACAACGAGGAGCUGUUCCUACAGGACCCUAAAAAGACCCUGCGCGGGUACUACGAGAGGGAGGGACAUGAACUGACCUAUGAUUGUGACGAGAGAGGCGCGGGACAGUUCUUAUGCAGGGUAGAGUUGCCGAUAGAGGACACUCGCGGCCAACCAGUCAUCGCUGAAGUAUUGCACAAGGGGAAGAAGAAAGAGGCCGUUGUGGCAUGCGCCCUUGCGGCAUGCCGCUUGUUAGACCGUGCUGGGGUACUGCGACAGGCAUCUCAUGAGUCGCGUCGCCGCAAGCAGCGCGACUGGGGCGCCGACGACUACUACGACAGCGACGACGACGCCUUCCUCGACCGCACCGGCGCCGUCGAGCGGAAACGCGACCGGCGACGAGACAUGUACGGCGACAGCAAGGAGGACCCGCUCACUUACGACAAACUGUUGGAUCAAAUCAAAGAUCUAGAAGAGAAGAUUGCCGCAGAACAGAAGACUCUAGAACGACUGCGAGCCGCCAAAAACCAACCUCAGGAUAUGGAUGACUACAUGCAAGCCAUACCCGGGACCACUAUGGCACAUAAGGCGGAGAUAUCUAAAACUAAGAUGGGCAUUAGUAAGCUGCAGAGCGAGUUGUCCUCCCGGCGCCGCCUCGCUGAGUUAGCCCGCCCGGCCGCCGCGCCGCCCAUACUCACCAAGAGCGCGCCCGCGCCCGCGCCGGGACCGGGACCGGGACCGGGACCGGGACCGGGACCGGGACCGGGACUCAAGACCGCCAACUCCGUCGUCUAUGGAAAAAGAAUAAGACUAAAGGACGACAAAAGGCAACUCCCGAAACCGACGCAGCAAAAACAACAAGAAACUGAAUUCAUUGAAGAAAUGGACUCCGACGAAGAAGAAAUACCAAAUACAGCCACAGAUAAAACGGACAAAAAUACAGAUAAUAAAAAUUCAGACAUGGACACUAUUACAGAUAAUAAAAACUCGGGCAUGGACAAAAAUACAUAUAACAAAAAUUCAAGCAAUACGGAUAAUAAAAAUGUAGAUACAACCACAGAUAAUAUAGACAAUGCCACAGAAAUAAAUAAAGCAGAGAUGAAAGAGAAGAGAGUGUUCGGCCCCAUGAGGCCGCCGGAGAACUAUGUAGUUCCGGAGAGUUAUUUUGAGCAAGAGUCCGAUAGGGAUAUGCCUGAAAUGACAGAUGAUGUGUAAAUAUAGUUGUAUUGAAUCA